UAUUUCAUCCAGCUGUUCCUCCCUCCGGCUGGCCUUCCUUCGGUGCUGCUUCCGGGAUGCCCUGACCUGUCCUGGGUUGGCCGGUACCGGUUCUCCUAAUUCUCUCCUGCGACGCUCCUGGGCCCCCAGACUCCAUUUACAGGCCGGUGGCUUCUGGUGCACCCUGCUCACCCCUACCCUACCCCAUCUCGGAGAGCCCGCUGCACCCCAGGAACCAAUCAGCAGCCGCCUUAGUUGCCUCACAGGACAAAAUAGCUGCUUGAGCUCCAGCCUCCACACCCACAUUCCUUUCAGCUAGGAGGAGAAGGGGAUAAAAGGCGUGUGCCAGCAUCUGUGAAGAAAAGUUUCCCAAUGCUGCCAAAACACACUUCUAGUGUCAUACUGUUGACCAGAAAGAACUUAGUCACAUGGCCACAGCUAACUGUAGACCAGCCUGAGAAGUGUAUCCUGGAUAACCAUGUACCCAGCUCAGAACUGUGGGUUUUAUUUCUUUGAAAGAGGUGAAGAAUGGAUAUUGGAGCCCACUGACGGUCCCUGCCGCAGCCAUAGAGCUCUCUUGAAAGGAUGUGCUUUCUUAUAGUCCAGGGUGACCAUGUCUGAGUCUGGGCACAGUCAACCGGGACUCUAUGGGAUAGAGAGGCGGCGGCGCUGGAAAGAGCCGGGCCCUGGCGGCCCCCAGAAUCUCUCCGGGCCCGGAGGUCGGGAGAGGGACUACAUUGCACCCUGGGAAAGAGAGAGACGGGAUGGCAGCGAAGAGACCAGUACGGCGGUCAUGCAGAAAACCCCCAUCAUCCUCUCAAAACCUCCAGCAGAGCGGUCAAAGCAGCCCCUGCCUCCAGCAGCCCCUGCUGCCCCGCCUGCCCCGGCCCCUCUGGAGAAGCCCAUUGUGCUCAUGAAGCCCCGGGAGGAGGGGAAAGGGCCGGCGGCCACAACGAGUGCCUCAACCCCCGAGGGCACUGCCCCACCGCCCCCGGCAGCCCCCGUGCCACCCAAGGGGGAGAAGGAGGGGCAGAGGCCCACACAGCCUGUGUACCAGAUCCAGAACCGGGGCAUGGGCACUGCCGCCCCAGCAGCCAUGGACCCUGUCGUGGGCCAGGCCAAACUGCUGCCCCCAGAGCGCAUGAAGCACAGCAUCAAGUUGGUGGAUGACCAGAUGAAUUGGUGCGACAGUGCCAUUGAGUACCUGUUGGAUCAGACCGAUGUCCUGGUGGUUGGUGUCCUGGGCCUGCAGGGGACGGGCAAGUCCAUGGUCAUGUCGUUGUUGUCAGCCAACACUCCGGAGGAGGACCAGAGGGCGUAUGUUUUCCGGGCCCAGAGUGCCGAAAUGAAGGAGCGAGGGGGCAACCAGACCAGUGGCAUCGACUUCUUUAUUACCCAAGAGCGGAUUGUUUUCCUGGACACACAGCCCAUCCUGAGCCCCUCCAUCUUGGACCACCUCAUCAACAAUGACCGCAAGCUGCCUCCAGAGUACAACCUGCCCCACACCUACGUUGAGAUGCAGUCACUCCAGAUCGCCGCCUUCCUCUUCACGGUCUGCCACGUGGUGAUAGUCGUCCAGGACUGGUUCACGGACCUCAGUCUGUACAGGUUCCUCCAGACAGCAGAGAUGGUGAAACCCUCCACCCCAUCUCCCAGCCACGAGUCCAGCAGCUCGUCAGGCUCCGACGAAGGCGCCGAGUACUACCCCCACCUGGUCUUCCUACAGAACAAAGCUCGCCGGGAGGACUUCUGUCCCCGCAAGCUACGGCAGAUGCACCUGAUGAUCGACCAGCUCAUGGCCCACUCCCACCUGCGGUACAAGGGUACUCUGUCCAUGUUGCAGUGCAAUGUCUUCCCUGGGCUCCCGCCUGACUUCCUGGACUCUGAGGUCAAUCUGUUCCUGAUGCCCUUCAUGGACAGCGAGACAGAGAGUGAAACCCCGCCUCGCGCAGGACCUGGUUCCAGCCCCCUCUUCUCCCUGCUCCCUGGGUACCGAGGCCACCCCAGCUUCCAGUCCUUGGUGAGCAAGCUUCGGAGCCAGGUGAUGUCCAUGGCCCGGCCGCAGCUGUCGCACACAAUCCUCACCGAGAAGAACUGGUUCCACUAUGCCGCCCGGAUCUGGGACGGGGUGAAGAAGUCCUCCGCCCUGGCAGAGUACAGCCGCCUGCUGGCCUGAGGCCAAGGGGAGGAAUGUCACACAGAAAACCCCCUUCCGGGCCCCCGGUGGGUGGUGACGGGCUCCCACAUUCUCCCCCCACAGGGUGGAGAAGGGCAGCAGGCCUGAUGGACGAGGGACCGCGACUUCCUCGUCCAGAGACACGAGGGGUCCAGGGCCAGGCCCCUACCCUCCAGGGAGCGUUGUUCAGGGGGCGACUGAGAUCCAGCCCUGUAGCUGGGCGGGGCAGUCCAUCCUCAGCCCCCAGGGCCAGGCGGUGGGAGGAGCCUGCGUGGUCACCAGGAAGCCCCGCUCCAAGCCAGCUUCCCUCUGCAGGGACCAGAGCAGCAGGUCCCUCUGCCCUGACUCCAGGCUCCUGCCUGGAAGGUGAGGCGGCUCUGGGGAGCUCUUCAUCGGAGCGUCUGGUGGUUGGAAUAAACACAGUCACGCAA